GUAGGAAUCUGCUCGAGGAACCGUUCUUGACCCGUGGACGUGGUACGACACAACCGACUUUAAUGUGACCUACACCAACGCAACCGUCGGCGGCCUCUCUAUCAUGGGCUUGAAUUCAACCUGGGAUGACUCUGCGCGGCCGAAUGAAAAUGUUCCGCCAUUGAAUGAAAAGUUUCCGUACGGAUCGCAGCCCAUCCGAGGCGUGAACCUAGGAGGCUGGCUAUCACUUGAACCGUUCAUCACCCCUUCCCUUUUUGAGGGCUAUACGAAUGUCAUCGAUGAGUAUACGCUGAGCAAAACUCUGGGAAGUGAUGCAGCCUCGACCAUCGAAAAGCACUACGCAACUUUCAUCACCGAACAAGAUUUCGCCGACAUUCGCGACGCCGGGCUCGACCACGUUCGUAUUCAAUUCUCCUAUUGGGCCUUCGCGCCCAUCGAUGGCGAACCGUAUGUCCCCAAAAUCGCUUGGCGAUAUCUCCUUCGGGCCAUCGAGUACUGCCGUAAGUAUGGUCUGCGUGUGAAUCUCGACCCCCAUGGUAUCCCCGGAAGUCAGAAUGGCUUCAACCACAGCGGCCGACAGGGCCAAAUCGGAUGGCUGAAUGGGACCGAUGGCUCGGCGAACGCCCAGCUCGCACUCGAUCUUCACAACCAGCUUUCUCAGUUCUUUUCCCAGGAGCGCUAUAAGAAUAUCGUAGCCAUCUACGGUCUCGUUAACGAACCCUUCAUGCUGUCAUUGGACAUUGAGAAAGUCCUGAACUGGACUACUGAAGCCACCGAGCUGGUGCAGAAGAAUAAUAUCACCGCUUGGGUUGCCUUCCACGACGGCUUCCUCAACCUCAGCAAAUGGAAGUCAAUGCUCAAAUCCGGCCCUGCUGGUCUCCUCCUUGAUACUCACCAAUACACCAUCUUUAACACGGCGGAGAUUGUCCUCAACCACACCGCCAAGGUAGACCUCAUCUGCAACAGCUGGUAUAGCAUGAUUAGUGAGAUAAAUUCCACUUCUGAAGGGUACUUCCUCCCUAUCCUUUUCCUGAUUGCAUAUACUAACCGGAAAAUAAGGUGGGGCCCGACAAUCUGCGGCGAAUUUUCCAUGGCUGACACGGACUGUGCGCAAUACCUCAACAACGUUGGCCGCGGCACUCGCUGGGAAGGCACUUACUCGACCUCCGACUCGACCGCCUACUGUCCUACCGCCGAUGAGACCGAUCAACCAGCCUGCAGCUGUUCAAACGCCAACGCUGACGUCUCCGCUUACUCGGACAACUACAAGACUUUUCUGCAAACUUACGCGGAGGCCCAAAUGUCUGCGUUUUCUACAGCCUUGGGUUGGUUUUAUUGGACUUGGUAUACGGAAUCUGCACCGCAGUGGAGCUACAAGACGGGCUGGAAGAAUGGCUUCUUGCCCGCAAAGGCCUAUGCUCCAUCUUUCAAGUGUGGUGAUACCAUACCAAGUUUUGGAACUUUACAAGAGAAUUACUAAUUUUGGUGCAUGAUUUGAAAUGAUUUGAGUUGAAUUGAGCUGGAUUUUGGUUGUACAUAUGUGCCAAUACUGUUCAUAGCUGACAACCACAACAGCAAUGUUCUACAAGACUAUCUUACUUUUGGAUGCUAAAAGGUCAAUAAUAAUAUUUAGAAAAAAAAAGAGAGAAAAAUAUACUUUGCGCGCUACAAGAUGGGAUAGCAAUUAAGUACAUAGUAGUUACUUCCUGAUAUUCACAACUCACUUC